AAGAUCGAAAACGAAAGCGGAUGCUGAAAACGAAUUGCUUUCAAAUUGCUCACCCAGAACUCUCACAGGAAUGGGGAUGAUUUUCCCCGGGGACCCCAGAGCCCUGAGCCACCUGCUGCUCCUGUUGCUGCUGCUGGAGGAGUCGCGGGGGUUCCCCCCUGGAACCCACACUCUCCGCUACGACCUCAUGGCCCUGUCUCUGGACAGACCUGGGAAGCCCCAGUUCCUGGCCCUGGGGUACUUUGAUGAUGAGCUUUUCUUGCGCUAUGAUGGCGAGAGCCACAAGGCAGAGCCCCAGGGUCUAGGGAUCGAAACGGACUUGGGAGCUGAGACCUGGGAGACAGAGACCAAGGACCUGAAGGAGAAGGAGCGGCAACUCAGGCAGAUGCUGACAGAGGUCAUGGGCCAGCAGGGGCAGGGCCGGGGCCUUCACUCCCUCCAGGCCACAUUGGGCUGUGAGCUACAAGGAGACCUCAGCACUAGAGGCUUCUGGCGCUUGGGCUACAAAGGGCAGGACUUCCUCACCUUCGACUCACAGACCCUCACUUGGACGUUGGCCACGCCCUCAGCCCAGCACAUCAAGAAGCUCUGGGAGACCCAAGGCCCCAGGGCUGAUCUGGUUGAGACUUUCCUGCGUGUGACUUGUCCUGAACAACUCUGGAGAUAUUUGGCCUCCUGGAGUGGCCUCCUGGAGAAUACAGAUCCCCCAUCAGUGACUGUGACCCGCAGUAAGAACCUGCUGGGCAAGGUCAUCCUGAGGUGCUGGGCUUUUAGCUUCUAUCCCCGGGGUGCCAUCCUGACCUGGCUUCGGGAUGGGGAGCCCAUGCACCAGGGCACCUUUGGGCCUGGGACCAACCUGCCCAGUGGGGACGGGACCUACCAGACCUGGGUGGACACUCGGAUCCUCCCUGGAGAGGAGCAGAGGUUCACCUGCCACGUGGGACACUGCGGGCUGAACACCACGGUCCCUGCAGUCUCUGGAACUCAAGGUCAGAGCGCUUCCUGUGCGGCUGCUCCUGCUGCGGCUCCUCUCGCUGUGUCCACUGUCGCUGCUGUGCUGUGUUUGGUGGUGGUCGAAGCCUAGAUGAGGAAGCACACAGAGGAUGUGUGAGCCCAGGGGAGAAGCACACAGGACAGAGAGGAGGACAGAUCUGAUUCUUCUCUGGGUCGUGAGUGGAGACCGCUCUCUUCUGUUAAUAACAAGGCAACAGGCCACAAACAGAGUCCCUUAUGCUAAGUCCCACGUCAUCACCAAAGCAAGAUUUCACUCAGUGACAGUUUCAGCUCUCCCAGAAAUGGAAUCUUAAACCCAUCAACCAGGAAUCUGCUCAGCACUAGUCAGGUCAUCUGCCUGAUAGACCCCAGCCAUCCCCCAAAGGAAGGUGACCUUGCAAUAACCAAGCUGCCUUUUGAUCUAACAUAACUUCCCUGUUCCUGCUCCCUUCUGCCUAAAAAUCUCUUGCCUUGGAGAACUCUUCAGAGCUCUUUUCUGUCUGCUAGACAGGGUACUGCCCAGUUCAUGAAUCACUGAGUGAAGCCAGUAAGAUCUUAAAAUUUACUCAGUUGGAUUUUGUUGUUUAACAUUUCCUUCCUCCAGGAACAGCAGAAGAACAGACAAGCUGUCUUCUUCUUUUUUUUUUUUUUGCUGAGGAAGAUUAGCUGUGAGCCAACAUUUGUGCCAAUCCUCCUCUUUUUGCUGAGGAAGAUUGGCCCUGGGCUAACAUCUGUGCCCAUCUUCCUGCACUUUAUGUGGGAUGCCUGCCACAGCACGGCUUGACAAGCAGUGCAUUGGUGUGUGCCCGGGAUCCAAACCGGCGCACUCCAAGCCUCCAAAGCGGGGUGCGCGAACUUAACCGCUAUGCCUCCAGACACCACUGACAAGCCGUCUUCUUGCUUACAGAAUGAGGGGACCAGGUGUGUAAUAUGAAAACUGGCUUAAAAGAAAAACAGAAGGUAAAGACUCAAUCAACCCUUUAUCCUGCCUUUCAAAUUCACAUAAGAGCUGGACCUCAGGUUAUUCACUUAGUUGAGAAAGAGAGGUGUUUUUUCUUUUUCUUUUUUCAAAUUUUUAUUUAUUUAUUUAUUUUUCCCCCAAAGCCCCAGUAGAUAGGUGUAUGUCAUAGCUGCACAUCCUUCUAGUUGCUGUAUGUGGGAUGCCGCCCCAGCGUGGCCGGAGAAGCGGUGCGUUGGUGCGCGCCCGGGAUCCCAACCCGGGCCACCAGCAGCGGAGUGCGUGCACUUAACCGCUAAGCCAUGGGGCUGGCCCUGUUUUUUUUUUUUUUUUUUAUAGAAGUAGUAUGAAUAAUAAAGAUAGAAAAGCAAAGGCAGAAUUACAUUAUUACCACUUUGUGAGUCUAGUGAAUGAAUGGAUCUCAGCAGUAACCAUCAAGGGCCCCCAACGUGGCCACUGGGGAGACAGCAGGAUCUUGUGCGCUUCCUGGUGGAAGCACAGAGCACUACGCCUGAUGGCGCUGCGUUGAUUACUGGAAACAGGAGGCAGUUUACUGGAAACAGAGACUCCAUUCUAAGUUCAACCACAUGGUGGACUGGUCUUCGGCAAAGGCACAGUCUUUGUGGAAAACUACAGGACAUACCACCUUGUUCCUUCAUCAAAUAAACUGUCAGGAAACACACAAACAAAAAAGAUGGAGAGGGAAUUGAUAUGAAGCCGAGUAACCUGCGGGUUACUGUAAAUAUUCAAUAUGAUUAGCUUUCCACCUUGUUAUGAAAAGAAGUGAAUCUUGUCAAUUUGCUGUUUUCCUGUUUAAUCUGAGGGGUGACUCAAGGGUCACAAGGAUUUAUGAGCUGUUUUACAGAAGAAGGAGAAUGCUGUCAAGGAAGUUACCACCACCAGAUAACCAGCCCCCGAGCUGCCCUUGAUGUCCAGAAGUCAGAUUGCUCAGGGAUUCAUCGGGAGUGACCCCUUUGUUUCUCUGGAUCUCCUGCCAAGCCCCUUAGCUCCAUAAAACCCCCUGCUGCUUUCUUCUCUUGUUAAGGCAGAUUUGAGGGAACCUAUCCUCCCACUUUCUCAUUUUGGCCAAUUUGAAUAAAGCUUUCUCCAUCUCCAAACA